AUGACACUGCUGCUUUUGAUUAUCGCGGCGAUGGCAGCUAUCACAUCCAGCGGCUACAUUCCUCCAUAUUACGGUCAUUACGACUAUGGUGGCCACUACGGUGACCAUGAUCACAAACAUGGACUAUAUGAUUUGCAUUAUGGCAGCUAUGAGGAGAAAGGUGGUGAUGAUGAGCAUGACUACUAUGGAGAUAAGUAUGGACAUCACUACGGACACGAUGGACACAGUGUAUCGGGAUAUGGGGACCGCAAGCACUUAGCAGGAAGAAGCUACUACGACAAAAAUGAAGCAAGUGGUUCUAAAGGCGAAUCCUACGAAAUGGGAGGAAAGACUAAUUCAGAUUCGGACGGUAUGAGGAAGUUUUCAUACUUUGCUGCAGGUUCCGGUCCUUAUGGAGAAUAUAAAAAAGGGUACUAUGGGUCUGAAGGAUACGAAGACUCAAAACUCAACUCUAAAUAUUCGGCGGGUUCUGUGGGCGGAGGUUAUAAGAAGGGCUAUUACAACGAAGGCAGUUCACAUCACAAAGACCACGGCUCCUACAGCAAGGACUCGGUGCGCGGUUCGAAACAUGGCGGUCACUAUGAAGGCAGCAAUUAUGGCCACGAACAUAGCGGUCAUGACGGCGGUUGGAGAAAUUCUGGCUACGAUUCGGACUUGCAACGUUAUGAAGCUCACAAACCGUACUGA